AUGUAUUUUAUAUAUUACAGUGAAAACAUUGAAGAAGAGAAAGAUAAACUUCAGUUAUUAAAUCAACAAUUAUCUACAGAUCUUGACUCAUGCAGGAAACAUAUUGCCAGCAAAAAUAAAGAAAAUCUUAAGCUACAGGAAGAGAUAUUGGUGCUAGAGGAUAAUGUUAGAGAAUGUAAGGUGAAACAGAAACAUGCUGAGGAUACAUUAACGAUAGAGGCAGAUAAACAAAUGGAGCUACAUGCUAGGUUUGAAGCACAGGAGGAAGAAUUGAAAAGAUUACGUAAUUUUCUAGCUAGGAAAGUAGAACAGUCGGGUGACUCGGAUAAAACCAUGUGGCAGGAGAUGAAUCGAGUAAUUCAAGAUCUGAGUCGUCAAAUGACUACACAUCUAGACUCAACAAGGGUGGAGACAAAGAGAAGAGUCCCGAGUCCCUUGUAUCUAGGUUACGUAAACAGGUAGCUGAAGUUCAGGUGAACUAAGUACAGAGAAAUCCCUACAUCAGAUCACUAAGACGUCGUUGGUGGCGCUAGAAGAGAUUGUCAAAGGUUACGUAAACAGUUACAUCAUUAUCGGAGACGUGAUCCACCUUCCGG